UUGAGAUGUGAGAAAGGGAGGGUGUGUCGCUCCUUCCUCCCUGCUGCCUGUGACACUGACCCCUGCAAUUGCAACACACCUGUGCAUUAUACAAAGGUGUGCCUCACCUCUGCACCUUCUAACCACAGGCGUGGCGAGGCCGUGACCCAGCCUACUAUGUCUGACCUGGGCUUUAUGACGAUCCCACGCGGCAGAAGGCUCCCACAGAUCCCCACCACCAUCACCACCAACACCCUCAACAACAACAACAACAACCACAACCACAACAAUAACAACAACAAUAAUCUGAAAAAUGGCUACUUCAAGAACUUCAGUAAAAAUGGAUAUUGUUUUAGUAAUAUUGGAGGAGGAGGAGGAGGAGGAGGAGGAGGUAACUUGAAAACACCUGUAAUACCUAUUGUAAAUGGUGGUGGUGGUGGUGGUGGUGGUCAUCUGGCGAACGGCUGUACAGGCCGCGCUGUCCACGACGGUUUCGCGACUAUACGAGCGGGCGGCAAGAGAGGGCGGUCCUACAGCUCCCCUACGGUUACCCAGGACACCUCCACCGCCUCCCAGUGCUCCCAUGGAUGCUGUGGGCCAGGGGGAGGGCGUGGCUGGACCAUGGAGCCCCUGUGGGAGGAGAGAGGGGAGGGAGGAACGCCUGCUGUGUCGCGGCGUGAUCGUCCACAGCUGCCGUGGUGGGAGGUGGCCACCAGGCGCUCCAGAUACCGAUCCUGCCCGGCCUUCUCCCAGGCAAGUGUGGUGACAGCCCUGGAGCAGACUAUGAACAGCGUCACCAGCACGUUAGAGAGGCUAGCAUCAUCACCCGACCUCAAGGAGACAGAAGCUGCUGAGAUCAGGAAAACAGCAGCAGUGUUGAGGCAGCAGAGUUCAGCAGUGUGUCAGUCUGUCAGUUCAGGAUACAUUAGUUUGGAGCGACAACUCUCCUGCGACAGUGUUUCCAGUGUGACCUCCACCGUCAGUGCAACCUCCCUGUCCUCAUAUGCCUCUCUGGGCUCACACUCUCUCACCCCCUCACUCAUGCCUCACUGCAAUGCUCACCAUAACCACCCACCCCAGGAUGCCAUUAAUGCUUCCCCCGGCCAGGCUAAGCUUAAAAAGAGAAGCUGGCUGAGGAGUUCCUUCCGCCGAGCGUUUGGCCGACAAGGACGAAAAUUGACGAAACAGCAGCAAAACGAACUCGGGUCACCAUCGCCAGGGUCAGGUCAGGGGUCACACAGCAUUUUGAAUGACCUGCCCCUGCACCACACAGUUAACACAGCCGUCCGACACCUCCCUGCCCCCCCUGUGCCCCCUCAUCAGUACUCCCAUCAGCUCCACCAUCAGCCCCCUCCCCCAUACUCUGCCUCCCUCCCCCGCAAGUCCCAUUCCUCCUCAGGCCUUCUCGGUACAGCAAGAAGGAGCACUCUGCUGAAACGGAGUGCACUAGAGGACAAGGAGGAGGAGGUGAAGCGCCUGAGGGAGGAGGUGACAGCAAAAGAGCGAACACUCACUGACUGCAGGCUGGAGCUUCUUUCAGCACAACACCAGAUGCAGGGCCAGGCCGACACCAUAGCCAGACUGCAGGCUGAGGUGGCGGCCCUGCGAGAGGAGAACCUGCGCCUGGUGGGUGUGUUGAAGGGGCAGAAGGGACCGGCAGUCGACCAGGUCCUCCCCACCCUCACCCACACCCUCACCUCCCUUGCCAUCUCUCCAUCACCCAUUAGUAGAACCAACUCAAUCCACCACGAAGAUGGACACAUGAUGAAGGUGGUGGUGGUGAUGGGCGGGCCAGCCAGACCCUCCCCCACCACCCACACCCCGACCCACAGCCUGGACCCCUCCCUCCUUACCCAUAUUGGCAACAUUACUGUGGGAUGCAAGACAACCUGGGAGCAACUGGAUACAAUGGUGGUGAAUAUGCUGAAGGACUACGGCAACUCCAUUGACCCGGUGUCAGCGCUGGGACUGGAUGCGAGUGCCUUGGAUAGCUACCAGGUGGAGGAGGUCGUUUGUGGCCCUGACCUGCCGCGACCUGAGCUGCUGCCUUAUGGUUACUGUGUGGGGGAUGUGGAUGCAGUGCUCGUGUGGUUGAAGGAUGCUAGUCACAAGAAGGAUGGAGAGGUAGUAGGCAAUGUUUCAUCAUCAGCCCUGGCCAGCCUCACCCCAGCGGCGACCCUGAGGCACCUGGCCAGCCUCCUGGUGGAACACAGGCGCCUGGUGCUGGCUGGACCACCCGCUGUGGGCAAGACCUCCCUGGCACACACCCUGGCCAGGUUCUUUGUGGUGAAUGCGGGCCAUGUCGUGACAGAGGAGGCAGUCAAAGUGUUCAGAGUGACGGGAAGCAACAGCCUCGAUCUGUGCCAGCUUCUAGCCAACACAUGGCCAAGGGGGGUGGCCACCUCCUCUAUCCUCGGCACCACCACCACCACCACCUCCCCUGCACACCCCAGCCUGGCAAGCCCCCUCGUACUAGUGCUUGAUGACCUUCAUGUUGCAGGUGGAGUAGUGGAGACCCUGAAACGUUACCUGCCCUCCGCCCUCCACUCUGGUCCAGCUAUCAUUGCCACCUGCUGCCCCUCCACUGCCCUGUCCACUCGUCUCCACAUUCACUGCAACUUCAAGUGGGCGGCACUCAGCCCACAGCAGGAGCCGGUGCGGGGGCUGCUGGGACGUGUGCUGCGGCGGCGGGUAGCAGCGGCAGAGGCAGCGGCCAACACACGGCUGCCAGACGCCCACCACCUGGCGGAGUGGCUGGCCCGUCUGUGGCUGCACCUCAACACGUUGCUGACUGGCCACUGUGGGGGGGAUGCUGCCCUGGGGCCUGGCCUGCUGCUGGACUGUCCCCUGGGCCAGGAAGAGACGCAGGCUUGGUUCUUGGAGGUGUGGAAUGGCUGCCUGGUGCCGCACCUCCUGGCUGCCAUGCGUGGUGCGGCCCCCCAUCCACCCAGCCUGGCACAGUCCUGGACCGACCCAUUGGACUGGGUGCUGGCCACAUAUCCCUGGCCCAACAGUGUGGCCUCCGGACCAGACCACCUCACUAGAAUCUUGGUCUCGGACGUCUUGAGUUUGGUGAGCAGCAGCAGCAACAACAACAACAACAACAACAACAACAGUAGCAGUGACUCUCCUUCCACCCUGGCCUGCCUCACCAGCACCACCAGCACCACCACCACCACCACCAGCACCUCAGCCCUUCAGAACAACACUUACCCAACACAUGUAGAUCAGCUUGGUGCUUGAAGCCUAAUCAGUCAAUCAAGUUUUUAUUUAUCUUAUUUUAUUUAAUGUAAGAAGGGAUGCUGAUCAAGAGCAACAAAAAAAAAAAAAAAAGAGGCCUAUUUGAGUGCCAGCCCCAUAAGCAAAGUAAAAAAAAUAAUUAAAUAUUGAAGGGUAAGUGUUGAGAGUUUAAGUCACAGGAAGGAGGAAAUACAGAAGCAGAAGCAGGCAGGGAGUUCCUGAGUUUGCCAGAAAAGGGGGUGAAUGAUUGAGAAUUCUGGUUAAGUCUUGCAUUAGAGAGGUGGACAUUAGAGUGAGAGGAGGUUACACGUUACAGACACCAUAGAAUAUGGUGACGAUGGGGUUCCACAGGGCAGCAGCUGACUCACACUGUUCAUCAGGAGAGAGAAUUGAAAUAUGCAUGAUGGUACAGACAGACACCCAUCACCACCCAUCACUAGAGACACUGAAUGAAUUAAAGGAAGUUUACCAUUAUUAAAACCAUUGUCAUUCAAUUUGAUGGGCGUUUGAAAGCUUUACUGAGGUUGAUGGACAUUUAAACCUUGAAUAUUGGGUUUUAAUAAGUGUAGGAGGCUGUCUGUCACAAAUACCAAGGUGCAGGGUCCUCAGAUUCUUGCCGAGAAACCAAAAAAAAAAAUAAGAGCUUGUUUUUCAGUCGUUGUGGUGACGAACCACUGAGGGGAAAGGAAGGCAAGCUUUUAGUGACACUUCCAAGCAUAGGGAAGGUGUGUGAGCUGGUGCUAAUUAAAGGUGUGAGAGAGGGAGAGAGAGAGAGA